UUCCCUCCCCCUCCUUAGCUCUUAGCCAUAUCGAGACACACACACACACACACUCAAGCACACACACACACACACACGCAUCAGCUCCAUCCAUCCCUCCUUUCUGGGUGUGUUAACUCCAAUGUAGCUCUCACAACCCAGGGUAUCUCUCUCUCUCUCUUCCCCCCCUUCUCUCUCUUCCCCCCUCCCGCCCUAGGUAUGCGAAGCUGCAAGAUGGUCAGAGUGGUAAGUGUUCUGGGGCUAGUGAUGGUCAGCGUGGCUCUCUUGAUUUUGUCCUUGAUCAGCUACGUGUCCCUGAAAAAAGACAAUAUCUUCACCACUCCCAAAUAUGCCAACACGGGAGUGCCGAGAAUGUACAUGCUUCAUGCCGGAUUUAGGUCACAGUUUGCUCUGAAGUUCCUUGAUCCUUCCUUUGUACCCAACACAAAUUCCUUGAAUCAGGAGGUGCAGGACAAGUCACCCAAGUGGAAAUUCAACAGAACGGCAUUCUUACAACAAAGACGAGAAAUCCUUCAGCACGUUGACGUCAUCAAAAACUUUUCUUUGACAAAGAGCAUGGUACGGAUCGGACAGCUAAUGCAUUACGAUUAUUCCAGCCAUAAGUACGUCUUCUCCAUUAGCAACAGCUUCCGCUUGUUGCUUCCAGAUGUCUCGCCGAUUCAGAACAAGCACUACAACAUUUGCGCUGUUGUGGGAAACAGCGGGAUUCUUCUCGGCAGUCAGUGCGGGCAGGAGAUAGACAAGUACGAUUUUGUUUUCCGUUGCAAUUUUGCGCCCACCGAAGCAUUCCAGAAAGACGUUGGAAGGAAAACCAACAUCACCACUUUUAACCCGAGCAUUCUGGAGAAGUAUUACAACAAUCUUUUGACCAUUCAAGAUCGCAAUAACUUUUUUCUAAGCUUGAAGAAGCUGGAUGGAGCCAUUCUCUGGAUUCCAGCUUUUUUCUUCCAUACGUCGGCCACUAUUACCAGAACUUUGGUAGACUUCUUUAUUGAGCAUCGAGGACAACUAAAAGUCCAGUUGGCUUGGCCAGGAAAUAUAAUGCAACAUGUUAACAGGUACUGGAAAAACAAGCAUUUGGCCCCUAAGCGACUCAGCACAGGUAUCCUGAUGUACACCCUUGCGUCCGCUAUUUGUGAUGAAAUCCACCUGUAUGGGUUUUGGCCCUUUGGCUUCAACCCAAACAAUAGAGAGGAUCUUCCCUACCACUAUUUUGACAAGAAAGGAACCAAGUUUACCACGAAAUGGCAAGAAUCCCAUCAGCUGCCCGCCGAAUUCCAGCAGCUCUUUCGAAUGCACGGCGAAGGGCUUGCGAAACUGACUUUAUCCCACUGUGCCUAAGGAUUUCAUACUUGAAGUGCCCAAAGAUUGUUGCUGUCGUUUUUUUUAAAGGGGAAAAAAAAACCAUGCCCCCCCCCCCACUGAAUUUGCAAUUCUUCGAAGCAGAAUUCUAAAAGGAAAGGCAUUGGUGGGAAUAAGGUGGGGAAGCAUUUAAUUCUGGAGGGGUCUCCUGUUUAUAAUUACCAGUUUUCAAAGCCUAGGAAGGCGGCUUUGCCAGUUUUGCAAGACCGAAGUAUUUCUUAUCUUCCUGAAGUAGGAAAAUCCAGGCUGUUUAUAGCAGAAAAGUUUUGAAUGUCUUAGCUAUGCUGCCAAGAAUAUUAAAGUAUUUUCAUAGUCAUAUAUUUUUCACAUUCUGCGAAAGGAAAAAAAAAAAGGGUGGACAUUAUCAAUGGUUAGAACUUCUGUGUUUGCUCUUAUUCAGACUAGCUUAUUGUUGUUUCUGGAUUUCUUUGCUGGGGGGUGGGGGUCAAUUUAUGCUAUUGCUAUUCAUAGUGGAACAUGUCUGUGUUUAUUCAUGAUCAGCCUGAGAAUUUUUCCUGAUGUUUGGACUGAAUGAUGGUUUAGGGCCUAUUAAGAUCACCGAGAAUGUCUCCUGAUUAGGAGACGAUUGAACUUUGAUUCCCAAAGUCUAGUUUUUUUCUCUUUGGAGGUCAAAAUCAAGGAAAGGUCAACGAUAUUUUCCAUGCAUUUAAGCAUCUAUAGAUGGCAGGGAUGAUCGGCAGAAUACCCAAAAUGGCAAUUUGGCCAUUGGACCCAAUUUUCAAAGCCGUUUUUUCUUUUCAGAUCUCUUGGUGAAAGUAUUUGCUGAAGCUACAAUCAGUGCAAUUCAGACUAAAUAGCUAAUGUGGUUCUGUGGCACUUAUUGGUAUAAAAAUAAUUCUGUGCACGUGGUAUCUGUGCAAGAACACCAUCAUUUUGCACACAGUGUGUUUGCUUAAAUAAAAGCAGCAUGUUUCUGA